AUGGAGAUUUUCUAUUGGCUGGUGUUCGCGGCGCUGCUGGCGCUGUGCGUGGCGCUAGAGGCCACUAAGGGGCAGCGAGACCGCGUGGUUACGUCUCAGGCGUUCGAGGCGUUUAAGAAUAAUUACCUCGUUAUAUACUGCUUCAUGAUGGCGGGAGACUGGUUGCAGGGCCCGUACGUGUACGCGCUGUACCAGCACUACGGGUACUCGCACACGGAGAUCGGGCGGCUCUUCGUCGCGGGAUUCGCGUCGUCCAUGGUGUUUGGGACCGUUGUGGGGUCCCUGGCAGACCGACACGGGCGGCGCAAUGCGAGCAUCACAUACUGUCUGGCGUACAUCCUCUCGUGCCUGACCAAGCACUCGCCCGAGUACCCCGUGCUCAUGGCGGGCCGCGUGCUGGGCGGCAUCGCCACGUCGCUGCUCUUCUCCGCCUUCGAGAGCUGGCUCAUUGCGGAGCACUGCAAGCGCGGGUUCGAGCAGCAGUGGCUAUCAGUAACGUUCGCCCAGGCGGUCUUCCUGGGCAACGGGCUAGUGGCUAUCCUCUCGGGCCUGCUAGCCAACACGCUCGUGAGCGACCUGCGCCUGGGGCCAGUGGCGCCCUUUGAUGCCGCUGCCGUGCUGCUGGCCGUGGGCAUGACGGGCAUCAUGAGCACGUGGGGGGAGAACUACGGAGAUACCAAUGAGAGCAAGGGGCUGCUCGCGCAGUUCAGAUCCGCUGCUGCUACCAUCCGGGAAGACGAGAAGAUCUUUCUCCUAGGCGCCAUCCAAGCCCUGUUCGAGGCCAGCAUGUACACAUUCGUGUUCCUGUGGACACCCGCCCUGGCGCCCGCCUCGCAGCGCAUCCCGCACGGGUUCAUCUUCGCAUCCUUCAUGCUCGCCUGCAUGAUCGGCUCCUCGCUCGCCUCUCGUCUCCUCGUCCGCGCUGCCACCGCCGCCACCACCACCCCUUCCUCUUCUUCCUCCUCGUCUGCCUCUUCUGCCUCUGCCCCAUCGGCCUCCUUGGUCUCCUCCUCCACUGCCUCUUUCUCACAGCAGCUAGUGCAGGUGGAGGGGUACAUGCAGGUGGUGUUUCUCGUGGCUGCUGCGGCGCUAUCUGUACCGGUCUUCAUCCAUGUGAGUGCGGGAGCCAUGACACCCAUGUUCGCCAUGUGCUGUGCCUUCCUCACCACCGCUGCUGUGCUGCAGAGGCGCCUCAUGCUGCUCACCAGCAAGCCUGGUGCCACUCACACUGGAUACGCACUCGUUGAUACCGGCAGCAAGGAUCCGAAUAUGGACUCUGAUCAAAGUUCAGACCUAUGA